GUGUCCUCCGUGAGUGGAUUAACUCAAGUGGAAGAACGGAGUUCAUGAGGAGUCCAGAUCAGUGGAGUGAUGGGAGCCACACUACUGUGCUGUCCCUUCUUCAUCUUCAGUCUCGCUGCAGCACGGGGCCUUGAAUAUGCCUUAAAAGGUCACGAGAUCUACAUCAAGCCGCCAGACUUUGUUCCUCCAGAGAAGAUUUUUUGGAGACAUAACGGCAAAGAUGUUGUCAUGGUCAACGGCAGAGAAAAACAGGAAUACGGCUCGUACAAAGGCAGAAUCAUGCUCAACCGGUAUUCUGCAGAGCUCUGGAUCAAAGACGUUCGGUUUGAGGAUGGAGGAGAAUAUGAGUUGGAGGUUUGGCACAAAAACCAGGAGUAUCCCAUACAAAAGAUGUAUUAUCAUUUUGAGGUCAUUGCUAAAGUCUCCAUCACCGAUGUUUCCUGUGAGAUGGAUGAUGACCACCAGGCAAAGCUGGUCUGCUCUGCUAAGUCCAGUCACCCUCAGUUACUGACCUUUGAAUGGAGCUUUGAUGGAACUCAACAUCCUGGCUCCAACCUGACGAUUGGCCUGAACAAAGAUGACAAGAGGGUGUUCACCUGUCAUGUGAAGGACCCUCUGAGCGAAGACAAAGCUACAUUAGCAGCAGGCAAAUGUUUCCCAGAAAAGAAGGAUUCUGUUGACCUGAACGUCUUCAGGAUUUUUGCCAUCAUUGGCGGCGUCGUUGUCAUUGUCGUUGGCAGCGGCAUCGUCGUCGUCGCAUUGAUCUUUGCUGUGCUCCUGAUUGUGGGCCUUGUGCACUGGAGGAGACGUAAAGAGGUGAAGUUAGUCAGGCAGGCGGUCAAGGCUUCAAGUGAAGUUGUACUGAGAGACUGUGGACUGUCAGAGAGAAGUGGUUCCCUUCUGUCCUCAGUCCUCAGCUCUCCGUCCUCUCGUCUGACACAACUGGACCUGAGCUACAACUACGACCUGAAGGAUCCAGGAGUGGAGCUGCUGUCUGCUGGACUGAAGAGUCCACACUGUCACCUGGAGACUCUCAGCCUGAGCUGGUGUUUCCUGUCAAAGAGAAGUGGUUUCCUUCUGUCCUCAGUCCUCAGCUCUCCGUCCUCUCGUCUGACACAACUGGACCUGAGCUACAACUAUGACCUGAAGGAUCCAGGAGUGGAGCUGCUGUCUGCUGGACUGAAGAGUCCACACUGUCAUCUGGAGACUCUCAGCCUGAUCUGGUGUCAGCUGUCAGAGAGAAGUGGUUCCCUUCUGUCCUCAGUCCUCAGCUCUCCGUCCUCUCGUCUGACACAACUGGACCUGAUCUGCAACUACCUGAAGGAUCCAGGAGUGGAGCUGCUGUCUGCUGGACUGAAGAGUCCAUACUGUCCCCUGGAGACUCUCAGUCUGUCAGGGUGUAGGAUCUCAGAGAGAGGCUGUGCUUCUCUGGCCUCAGCACUGGCCUCUAACCCCUCCCAUCUGAGAGAGCUGGACCUGAGCUUCAACCAUCCAGGAGGACCAGGACUGGAGCUGCUGUCUGCUGGACUGGAGAGUCCAGACUGGAGGCUGGAGACUCUCAGGCUGGAUCACUGUGGACCACAGAGGUUAACAUCUGGACUGAAGAGAUACUUCCGUCCACUGUCACUGGACCCAGACACAGCUCACCGGCGCCUCCUACUGUCCAACAACAACAACAUGGUGGAGCUAGUGACGGAGGAUCAGGAGUAUCUGGACCAUCCCGACAGGUUUGAGCGGUGUCCUCAGGUGAUGAGCAGAGACGCUGUGACUGGUGUCUGUUACUGGGAGGUGGAGUGGAGAGGAAGAGUUUCUGUGGCCGUGACUCUCAGGAGAGACGGAGGGAAAGAAGACGAGUCUGAGUUUGGACAGAACCUUUAUUCCUGGAGUCUGAGCUGCUCUGAUGAUGCUGGAUAUAAAGUCUGUCACAAUAAGACAGAAACUAUCAUCAAGAGCUCAGAAGUCUCUCACAGAGUUGGAGUGUUGCUGAACGCACCUGCUGGAUUUUUGAUCUUCUUCAGAGUCUCCUCUGGAGUCUGGACCCCCCUCUGCUCCUUCUUCACCCCCACUGAACCUCUGUACCUGGGAUUUGGACUCAGAGAGGCUCCUGGUUCUGGUUCCUCAGUGUGUGUGUAUGACCUGAGUGUGUGAGUUUGUUCCUCCAACAAAUGGGUGUUGCUGGUUCCAAUCCCCAUCCAAACUGCUGACAGUGAGGAAUGAAUCUGCUUAUGUAACAAAUGUGGUCUUCUGCAGAAAAGAACAAAAGAAUGAAAUGUUUGAAGAAGAUAAACUCUCUUUAAUUCCUUUCCUUUCCCCUGUAAACGUCUUCACGUCCUGCUCAGUGGUCUCUUCCUGCUCCUUCUAUCAUCACUGUGUUCAGUCCCUGAAAGACUCCUCCAAGUCUCCAUCCUCAUGUGAAGAAGACUUCAACACAUUCUCAAACCAGUCUGUCCUCCUUCUUCUUCCCUGUGGACAGAUCACAUGACAACAAUCUUCAUCCAUGAACUCUUGAACUGUCAGUCGACCUUCAGUGAAGAGUUCAGAUCAGCUCUGGAAUAUCUGAUUGAAUGACAACAUUUGUGUGAUGAACAUGUGUCGUUGAUGAAACUGCCACAUGUGGAUCAUCACUCGCCUUCACUUGCUGACUGAGGUUAUGUAUCCGUCUGUGUGUUCAGUGGUGCAUUCACUGACUGCCUGAGAUUCUGAAUGAAAUGAUCUUGAAAUGGACCAAACAAACAAAUCAACAAUGACAGGAACCGAAAUAUUGUUUGCAAUGGAGAUCAUAACCCUGUAACAUGUUCCACAGAGGACUCUCCACGGUCCAUUUGAAUUCCUCCCAUUGUGCCAUUGUUUUGGGAUGGAAAGGUGUUGACUGUAAAUAUGUAAAUGAAAUACAUUAA